AUGCACCAACCAAUCAACCUGUUUGUCGCAGCUGGUCUGCUUAUAUCCCUCGCCACUGCUCUACCUGCCUCAUCCAUCGAUAGAGUGGAGGCCAUUCUCGAAACUAGGCAAAAUCGCAACAGACAGAGUGCUGCUGGUCCCUGCGCCGACAUGACUAUCGUCUUCGCCCGCGGAACCACGGAGAGGGGCAACGUCGGGACCAUCGUUGGCCCUCCCUUCCUUGAGGCCGUCCGCCAGGCGUCCAAUGGUAUGAAUGUCAACAUGCAGGGAGUGGAGUAUCCUGCCGACAUUCGGGGAUUUAUGAGAGGCGGUGACGCGGGGGGUAGUUCAAGGAUGGCAGGCAUCAUAAAAGCCCUGGCAGAAGACUGCCCUAACACGGGCAUCAUCAUCUCUGGCUAUUCCCAGGGCGCGCAGCUGAUGCACAACGCGGCGGACCAGCUCGACGCCAACACAUCGUCGCGCAUCACGGCGGCCGUUGCGUUCGGCGACCCGCUAAAAGGGCAACCAGUGACCGGAGUAGACUCUUCCCGGGUUAUUGUCAUAUGCCAUGACGGUGAUAAUAUUUGCGAAGGUGGCAGCCAGAUCCGCCAGGCACACCUCACUUAUGGACAGGAUGUGGGGAAGGCGGCUAACUUCAUCAUGAAAGCGGCCGCCGCUGGCCGGAGUGCCAAUGCGAACUAA